AUGCGUUUCUCAACAAUCUUUGCUGCCGCGGCUGCGGCUCUUCCGGCCGCCACCGCGCCAACUGCGGUUUCUCUUAUGGCUGCCGGCCCUAUGGACCCCGACCCGGUCAAUGUGCUCAUGAUGAAGCCGGGGCAGUUCAACUACAACUGGACCGUCACCAACUGGGAGGCCGGAUGUGCACGUGGCGGAUGCUACUACGGGUUCGAAAUUGCCGCAGAGGAGUACACGAGCUAUCCCAAGGCGCCGGCUUUCAAGGCUCGCUGCGAUGGACAAAACGAGGGCGGCCCCUACACCGUCUGCGAGAUGAAGGACGGUGGCUCUGCCGCUAGGCGAGUCGCGGCUCGCCUCCUUGAGAGGAAUUCCUCUGACCCCGUGUACAUCAGGGUGUCUUACCAGUACGCCGACAGCCAGCCAAACGCCUACUUUAACUGGACCGGCACGGGGGAGGCCACGUACAACCAGUUUGUUGCGCCGCCUCUGUCCUUCAACGUUACGCCCUCUGAGGUUUUCGGCGUUGCCUAA